CCGUGCGUGCGUUCCUAUCUCCCAAAAAAAGAAAAAAGCAUCUCCGUCCCCACUGUCUACUGCUACUACUACUAGACAAUAGACAAGAAAUCUCAUAUCACUCACGUAUAUAAAUGUCCCAAUGCGUUAAUACUUUUUCUCACCCUACCGCUAGCCGUUCUUGAACGAAACAGAGAAAGAUAGAGAUGGGAAACAGUAUAGGCAGAGGAAGGAAGGCAAAGGUGAUGAAGAUUGACGGAGAAACGUUCAAGUUGAAGACUCCGGUGACGGCUUGGGAAGUCGUCAAGGACUAUCCAGGGCACGUUCUGCUGGAUUCGGAAGCCGUUAAGCAUUUCGGGAUCCGUGCUAAACCAUUAGAGCCUGAACAGGAAUUGAAGCCGAAGAAAAUAUAUUUCCUGGUAGAAUUGCCCAAGUUUCCUGAAGAGAAUAAAGAGCCCAGCAGGACCACCAGGAGGGUUCGCUCAGGAAUUCAGAUGAGUGCUAAGGAUAGGCUUGAAUGCCUGAUGCUUUCUCGGAGAUCAGUUUCCGACCUCUCUAUUGCUAGACCAUUAUCUACCCAAGUUCCUGAUGGGCCUGGGCCAGUUCGCGUCAAAAUGAGGCUUCCUAAGGCCCAAGUUGAAAAACUGGUGGAAGAGAGCAAAAAUGAAGUUGAGGCGGCUGAAAAGAUUGUUGAUCUUUUCAUGGAUAAUUCCGGUGAAGUUAACGGUGCCGACGUGAAUCGGGGGCAAGUUCAAUGGAGGCCGGAGCUUGGUAGCAUAGGAGAGAAUAUUAAACCACGUGAGAAAAGAGUGAGUUUUGUACCAGACGAAGGAGAAAUCCAGCUUGCUGUAGCCUCCCAUUAGCACUGAACAACGAGAGAAAGGCAGAAUUAAGCAAUUUUCAAGGCUAUUUGUUUGAUCAUCGCUUGUACGUAGCCACAAAUAACUAGUAGACAUGAAAAUCUUGAGAAAUCUAUUUUUACUGGCUAUUCGCGAAGCUUAUCUACUGAUCAAGUGUCUCCAUCGUCGUGGACGCGGGGUGGUAAUCGGAAAAGUAAACGGUGGUAUUCUUCCUCUGAAGGCCUUUUCGAUAUUGGCUCUCAAACUACAAGCUAUAUUGGAGUACUUGGUCAUCUUGCUGCUUAUUUGUCGUGGGCAAUGGCUCUGUAUCUAUUUAUCUUGGCUUUGUAUAAAAAUUUUCAUUUGGCAACUUUAUUAAGAAAUUACAGAACGUAAAAAUUAUAGUUUAAUUAGUAAAAAAAAAAUUAUUUUUAGUUAAA